UCGGACUCUUAUUAAUUGGGGAUCUUGAAAUUAGGGUUUAUCUCUGCUCCCUUCUUCUCCGCCUGAAGUCUUAUUCAAAUUGAUUGGAAUUUCACUGUAAAAAAUGGAUAAGCGUGAGAAGAAGGAGAAGAAAUCAGCAAAAUCAGAUGUUAUAGAUGUGGAAGAAGAAUUAGCAGAGGUAAAAAUUAAGAAAUCUAAAAGAGUGCGAAGUAAGAAAAGAGAAGAAGAAGAUGAUGAUGAUGAUGUUGAAGCUAAUGAAGAUCUAAGCUUGAAAAUUGUUGAGAAAGCUUUACUUCGUGGUUGCUCAACUGAUAAUGGUGAAGAUGUUGUUGUUACAGAUUUGAAGAAGGAAAAGAAAGAGAAAAAGAAGAAGAAGAAGGAAAAGAAUGUUGAGACUCCAGAAGAACCUCAGGUGUCGAGCGGAAUAGAUAAGGGUUUCCAGAGCUUCUGUAGUGAGAUGUCUCUGGUGGAUGGAAUGAAAGAAGAAAAUGUGGAUGGUAUAGAUAUGAAUGUUGUUGACAAUGCAGCUGAAAAGAAUCCCGUUGAGAUGUCCAAUGGUGUCGUCCUACGAAGGCUUCUUCGGGGGCCCAGAUACUUUGAUCCUCCAGACAGCAGUUGGGGGACCUGUUAUAAUUGUGGUGAAGAGGGUCAUACUGCAGUCAAUUGUACUUCAGCCAAACGCAAAAAACCAUGUUUUGUUUGUGGGAGUUUUGAUCAUUAUUCUAAACAGUGUGCAAAGGGCAAAGAGUGUUUCAUCUGCAAGAAGGGCGGUCAUCGUGCUAAGGAUUGCCCUGAAAAAAACCAAGGAGGAUCUGAAAGUUCAAGAAUGUGUUUAAAAUGUGGGGAUUCUGGGCAUGAUAUGUUUUCAUGCUGGAAUAACUAUUCUGCUGAUGAUCUAGAGGAAAUACAAUGUUACAUUUGUAAGAGUUUUGGUCAUCUUUGCUGUGCAAGCUACCCUGAUGGUGGUCCGAGUGAAAUAUCCUGUUACAGAUGUGGUCUACUAGGCCAUACCGGUUUGGCAUGCACAGGAUCUCGUGGGGAGACUAGUGGUACAUGGCAUCUUAGUUCUUGUUAUAGGUGUGGCGAAGAGGGGCAUUUUGCACGAGAAUGCACUAAUUCCAAUACAGUCAAUAAGCGGAAUUGGGAAUUAUCAACCCCCAAGAAGAAAGUGUUCAAGGAAAGAAAGAAAAAUCAUGAGUUUCGAUCUGCUCCUCAUGAUUUUGGUAAGGCAAGAAAGAACACUCAAUAUGGAGGAGGAUAUGCAUCAGGCUACAAUACAAAACAAAGGGCUGGUUGGAUCACCAAUGAUCCUGAAGACUUUCCUCGAUCCAGAUCCAAUGGUUGGAGAUCUCCUUCAACUCCUGGAAAUAAGAGAGCCAGGGUAUCCAACUUUGGUUCUGAUGAUCAUUCUUCUGUUUCUUAUUCAUCUAGAAAGUCCAACAGGCUUGACUUUAAUAAUUCAACUUCUUAUGGAUCAGUCAAAUAUCAUCAUCACCAUAGGUUUUCGGCUUCUCGUUUUGGUAACAACAGUCAUGAUGGGAGGAGAAAUUAUGAAUGGUAACAGAAACCCUCUAUCAUCUCCUCUCUUUUUUGGAUGAUUUGAGAAAUCCAUCAGAAGCAUAACCUUCGAACCUCCGGGUACUUGACUUAGUUUGCUUGGCACAAGGCUCAAACUUAUGACGUUAGACACAAGUCCCUCAACCUUACCAAUUGAGCUAAUAAUGGCUUGACCUUGGGGGAGUAAGUCCAUGGACCCUUCCUUCGAGGGUGCCUAGAUACUGAAAGGUUGUCCCUUUGCAACGCUGAAACCCAGGGGGCAUCUCCUAGUCUUUUUUAAUUAUUAUUAUUAUUUGAAAUUUGAGUUUCCCCUUGAUCCCAUUAGUGUUAAUUAUCCAAAAUUGCUAGUACUCUCUGAAGUUGGUAAUUUGUGUUUCUCUAGUUUGUAGACUUUGGGAGAGGUUCAUUAUAUGAAUUAUGAAAAGAAUAUUCCAAGUA